AUGGCGCAAAACACUGGACAAGAGACUUAUGAGUUCCAGGCGGAGAUCAAUCAGCUCAUGUCGCUGAUUGUCAACGCGCUGUACUCGAGUCGCGACGUGGCGCUGCGAGAGCUGAUUAGCAACGCCUCUGAUGCGCUGGAUAAACUUCGUUACUUAUCUCUGUCGGACAAGUCAGUCUUGGAUGCCGAUGAGAAGAUGGAAAUCUACAUCAAAGCAGAUAAAGAGGCGAAGACACUGGAGGUGCGCGACACUGGUAUCGGGAUGACCAAGUCAGACCUCGUGACAAACCUCGGCACGAUUGCCAAGUCUGGCACGAAGAGCUUCAUCGAGGCGCUCCAGGCCGGAGCGGACGUUUCGCUCAUCGGGCAGUUCGGUGUCGGGUUCUUGUCCGCUUUCCUUAUCGCAGAUGUCGUGGAAGUGCGCACCAAGCAUAAUGAUGAUGCGGGCUACAUCUGGGAGUCCUCAGCCGGUGGUACGUUCACUAUUCGACCGGAUCCUGAACCGCUCAAGCGAGGAACUGCCGUGAUUUUGCACUUGAAGGAUGAUCAGUUGGAGUACCUGGAAGAGCGUCGUAUUAAGGAAAUCGUCAACCGACAUUCUUCCUUCAUUCAGUAUCCUAUUUUCUUGUACAAGGAGGUGGAGAAGGAGGUGGAUGCGGAUGAAGACGACGAGAAAAUGGAGGAUGUUGACAAAGCUAAGGAAGAGGGUGAUGUCGAAGAGAUCAAAGAGGAAGAGGAGAAGAAGGACAAGAAGAAGAAAAAGAAGGUGAAGACGGUCGAGUGGGUGCAGCUGAACAAGACCAAAGCGAUCUGGAUGCGGCGUCCAGAGGAGGUUUCUCGAGAAGACUACAACGCAUUCUACAAGGCGAUUACCAACGACUGGGAGGACCCGCUCGCAAUCAAGCACUUCUCCGUGGAGGGCCAAGUCGAGUUUACAGCGUUGCUGUUCUGCCCACGCCGAGCACCCUUCGAUUUAUUCGAGCCUCGAAAGAAGCUCAACAAUAUUAAGCUGUACGUUCGGCGCGUCUUUAUCAUGGAUAACUGCGAGGAUCUCAUCCCAGAGUACCUGAACUUUGUCAAGGGCGUCGUCGACUCCGAAGACCUGCCGCUCAAUAUUUCCCGCGAAAUGCUCCAGCAGAACAAGAUCUUGAAGGUCAUGAAGAAGAAUAUCGUGAAGAAAUGCCUUGAAAUGUUCAGUGACCUCGCGGAAAACAAGGAAGAUUUUAAGACUUUCUAUGAGCAGUUCAGCAAGAACAUCAAGCUUGGUAUCCAUGAGGACACUGCGAACCGCUCGAAACUAGCAGAGCUGUUGCGGUUCUACUCGACCAAGUCUCCGGACGAGUACACUUCGUUGAAAGAAUACGUAUCUCGCAUGAAGGAGGGCCAGAAAGCCAUCUACUACAUCACAGGUGAAAGCAAGAAGGCGGUUGAGAACUCGCCUUUCCUGGAGAAGCUGAAGAGGCGCGGUUACGAGGUCUUGUUCAUGACAGAGCCUAUCGACGAGUACUGUGUACAGGCCCUGCGAGAAUACGACGGUAAGAAGCUUGUCUGCGCCACGAAGGAAGGUCUCCAGCUCGAGGAAGACGAGGAAGAAAAGAAGCGGCGUGAAGAGGAGGCUGCGCGCUUCGCGAAUCUGCUCAAAGUGAUGAAGGAUAUUCUAGGAGACCGUGUCGAGAAGGUCAUUCUCAGUGAACGGCUCGCAGACUCGCCAUGCAUUUUGGUAACGAGUGAGUUCGGUUGGUCCGCCAACAUGGAGCGUAUCAUGAAGGCGCAAGCGCUUCGAGAUAGCACCAUGUCCAUGUACAUGAGCGCCAAGAAGAUCAUGGAAGUGAACCCGAGCAACCCCAUCAUUCGUGAGCUGCGAGACCGAGUCGAAGCGGAUCCCUCGGACAAGACAGUCAAGGACCUAGUCAAUUUGCUAUACGACACAGCGCUACUCGCGAGUGGUUUCUCCCUCGAUGAGCCGAAUACAUUCUCGAGCCGCAUCCACCGCAUGAUCAAGCUAGGUCUCAGCAUCGACGAAGACGAGGAAGAGGAAACACCAGGUGUCACCAUGGAGAAUGGUGCAGUCGAGUCAGGCACUGGCGAUGCCGUCGAGAGUGCCAUGGAGGAAGUCGACUGA